GCAUCACUCCAGGAGCUUGGCAUUGAUGGCGGUGAGCUGUUGGCCCUGUUGUCGGAUGUGCUGGUGGGAGACUUUGAGUUCUACAUCCCUGGCUGUCCAACUUGUGACCAUGGUUGCGAGAUUCAAAGUGUGCGGUUCUUUGCAGACGGCACUGCUUUGAUUCAAGCUGAGCCCUUCCAUCGCUUCGGCAUCCAGGACAACGAGCCUGGCACGGCAAAGUUUCACUACAAGCUUGGUGAGCUGAAGGGCGCGGAGAGAGAGCUGGAAUUCGUAGAGGCUGACCCCCCAGAACCAGCGACAGUGCCGGCAGUCUACACUGGUACUUUGUAUGUGAGCACAACGGAUCCAAUGUACCGCCGGGUGAAGAUCCCAGUGUUGGAGAUCGACGUGGAAGACGUGCAAUACUUGAAGCGGCAGGCCCGGACUGCCCUGCACCAGAAGCUCGAGUACUUCUUCGGGUUGGGUCGCUCACGACACCAGGUCAUGCAGAUUUGCUACAACCCUUCUGCCAUCACGACCUACGAAGAAGAGGUCCGCGAGGUCUUUUGGUGGAAUUGGCCAUCAAUGCGGCAUCAGGAGGAUGCCGAGGAGGCCAUGCUUUCCCUUGCCGACAGCUACGACUACCCCCACCCCAAGAAGAUCCUAAAGAAGAAGAAAGCGCAGAAGAGAACAGAGGCGGGAGAGGCAGAAGAGAGCAAAAAGCGGUUACGGGCGAAGGUCAGAAAGGUCAAGGCCCCAAGAUGGAAGUAA